GGCCGGCGACAUUAGCUAGCACUCGCUAACGCUAUUCUCUGCUAAAGGGAAGACGGAAACUCAAGAAAAUCAACACCUGGAUCGCUUAAAGGACUGUACCUCAGUAAAUUAUAAUCGGUCGAGGAAGGAUUAAUUAAUCCGUGAACGUUACAAGCGACGUUUGAUAUUUUUUGUUGGUUGUUUGUUGUCUCACGAUGGAAGAUAACGGUGCACAUUUCUUCGAGGGGACCGAGAAGCUGCUGGAAGUGUGGUUUUCUCGCCAGGAUGAGACCAAAGGAACCGGGGACCUCCGCACCAUCCCAAGGUUUGAGUGGGACAAACUCUUGGAGAAUGUGCAUUGUUUGAUCAUAAGUGUGACAAAGACUGACAAGCAGGAAGCUUAUAUACUCAGUGAGAGUAGCAUGUUUGUCUCCAAGAGACGUUUCAUUUUGAAGACAUGCGGAACCACCCUCUUACUGCAAGCACUGGUGCCUCUGCUGGAACUUGCCAGGGAGUACUGCGGCUUCGACGCCAUCGAGAAUUUCUUCUAUUCUCGCAAGAACUUCAUGAAGCCAACCCACCAAGAGUUCCCUCAUCGGAACUUCCAGGAGGAAGUGGACUUCCUCAGUCAGAUUUUCCCAAAUGGUGCAGCCUACUGCAUGGGGCGUUUGAACUCUGACUGCUGGUACCUCUUUACCCUGGACCUACCGGAGUACUGGGAGAACAAGCAUGCCGAUCAGACGCUGGAAGUUCUGAUGAGCGACCUCGAUCCAGCCAUUAUGGACCAGUUCUACAUGAAAGAUGGUGUUUCUGCAAGUGAUGUCACUCGUAUGAGUGGAAUUCGUGACCUGAUCCCAGGUUCUGUGAUUGACGCCACGAUGUUCAACCCGUGUGGAUAUUCGAUGAACGGGAUGAAGACUGAUGGAACUUACUGGACCAUCCACAUCACCCCCGAGCCGGAGUUCUCCUACGUCAGCUUCGAGACCAACCUGUCCCAGACGUCCUACGACGACCUGGUCCGGAAGGUGGUGGAGGUGUUCAAGCCGGGGAAGUUCGUGACGACGCUGUUCGUGAAUCAGAGCUCCAAAUGCCGCAGCGUCUUCUCCUCCGCCCAGAAACUGGAGGGCUACAAGCGCCUGGACCGCCAGCUGGCCCAGUUCAACGACUACAACUUUGUUUUUACCAGUUACUCAAAGACCCGCCAGCAGAACCAGCAGAGCUGAGGGUCAACCAUGAAGAAGCGGCGCAAGAAAGGCGGCCCCCCGCCCGCGGAGGGCCCGCCGCCCCGCCCCUCCCCCCUCCCCCCGGCGGCGCCCGGCCGCCCGCCUCGUCGUCCCCGUGACUUAGACCUCCCGCAUGAAAGCUCUCCUCUCCGUUUCGAUAUUCUCGCUCACUCUUGCCGUGACCUUGAAGUGCAUGUAGAGGAAUUAAACAGGCUCUGUUUGAGGCCGCCCGGCCCCGCCCAGUACGGCCCCCCCCUGCAGGUCUCGCCCCUCAUCCCCCACAGACAGGGCUUCCGCCCGCACUAGCCCCGGCCCUGACAUGCUCAGAUCGCCACGCCUCCAGGUGAGCCCCCCCCCCCCAUGCUCAGAUUUGAAUGUACACUCCUCUGGAGACCGGAGCCGAGUCGAGCUGAAUGUAUUGAUCCAGGAGAGCGCCUCUCCUCUUCCUGCCCCCCCUCCCCCGGUGGGGGUGGUGGUAGUGGGGGUGGGGUGGGGGGGCAGCCGUCCUGGCUGCGGCCUGCUACCACCCCCCCCCUUCAAUGGGACAGAACGAAUCGCACACUUCUCGCUUUAGUUGCCCAGCAAAGCAUUUUUCUUUUAGCCACAUAAUAUCCAUGGUGUCUCUGUCCCUUUCCGCCCCCCCACCCCCCCAUAGAGAACCGUGCCGGAGCACAAUGGAGGCCCGCCGGUCUGAGCAUGCCAGGGUGGUCCCGGAUCAUUCCACAUGUCACCACUGCAUAAGCUGCCGAUUUAUUAAAUUUUUUUUUUCUUCCUUUCUUUUUUUGCGACUCCCCCAGCAGUUUUCUUUGUUUGAGUUUCCACCCGGUACGUUUGUUCUCCUGGGGGGGGUGGGGGUGGGGGUCCUGUGACACCGUGCUGCAUGUGACCUGCAGGGCUGGAGCUUGACCGUGUAGCGUAGCGGCGUGUCUUCCUCCUGACGGGAGGGGUGUGUGUGUGUGUGUGUGUGUGUGAGGGGGGUGUUGAACGCAGCGCUUCUCAAAGCGCGCCGCUUCCCAGGAAGAGUUAAAAAAAAAAAAAAAAAAAGCACUAAAAAACAUUAUUAAUGAAUUGUUGUUUUUUCCUACUAUCUUGACACUCUCUUGCACUGAAGUUAAAUAA